CGGAAAAUGACAAAAAAACCCAAAAAUGCGAAAAGGUGAAAAAAAAGGAAAAACCGGGCGGGGCAGUGCACCGCCCGGUCUUUUCCAGCUUCGAUGAGUAAUAACCCAUUUCAGUUUUUCACUUGACCACAUGGCACCCUGUAUUUUUCCGAAAAGUCUCGAUCCUCGGGGUCAAGUAUUUCAGCACCGCAUCUCCGCCUGUCUGCUUCUCUGCUUCCUUGGUUCUGCUGCUUUUUGUGCCCUGAGAGUACUCAUCAAGCACCCACCCCUAUAUCGAUAAUACUAUGGCUGACUCCAGAUCAAACUCCGCUGCCCCUGCACAAGAAGAAUACGACGACCUCCGUAUCCUCGCCAGCGACCCCCUCAUCUCCCCAGAGCUCCUCAUCAGAGAGAUCCCAGCCACCAAGGACGCCUUGAAGACGGUCAUCCGUGGACGUAAGGAGGCCACGGCCAUCGUCAAGCAACAGGACGACCGUCUGUUGGUCGUUGUCGGGCCAUGCUCUCUGCACGACCAGAAGACCGCCAUGGACUACGCCAACCUGCUCAAGCCUUUGGCAGAAGAACUUUCUGGCGAGUUGGUCGUCAUCAUGAGAGCAUACUUGGAAAAGCCAAGAACCACCGUCGGCUGGAAGGGUCUCAUCAACGACCCAGACUUGAACGGGUCUUUCAACAUAAAUAAAGGCUUGCGUUUCGCCAGACAGCUCUUCGUCGACUUGACAAAUCUUGGCUUGCCUAUCGGUUCGGAGAUGUUGGACACCACCUCCCCUCAGUACUUGAACGACUGUCUCUCCUUCGGUGCCAUUGGUGCCAGAACCACCGAAUCCCAGCUCCACAGAGAGUUGGCCUCCGGCCUCUCCUUCCCAAUUGGUUUCAAAAAUGGUACCGACGGUACCCUCGGUGUCGCCAUCGACGCCAUCAAGGCUGCAGAAAACUCCCACCAUUUCAUGGGUGUCACCAAAAACGGGCUUGCCGCCAUCAUAACCACCAAGGGUAACGACUCUUGCUUUGUCAUCCUCCGUGGUGGUAAGGCUGGCACCAACUACGACGAAAAGUCCGUCCAGGAAGCAAAGGAAAAGCUCCCUGCCGGUAAGGUUCUCAUGGUUGACUGCUCUCACGGCAACUCGAACAAGGACUACAGAAACCAGCCUAAGGUAUGUAGCGAGGUCGCAAGACAAGUCACCAACGGUGAGAACGCCAUUAUCGGUGUCAUGAUUGAGUCCAACAUCAACGAGGGCAACCAGAAGAUCCCUGGAGACUUGUCCCAACUCAAGUACGGUGUCAGUGUCACUGAUGCCUGUGUUAACUUUGCAUCCACUGAAAUCAUGCUUAAAGAACUUGCCGCCGCCGUCAAGGCAAGAAGAGCACUCAAUAAGAAAUAAUCAUAGCCUACAUUAAGUUAGUUUUUCUGUACAGUACCUACAUACAUCCCCUAUAUAUUCUCUAUAGCGUGCUCCUCCUACCAUGAACAUUCUUUUUCCAAAUAUUCUUAUCUUCACCGCU